CUUGUGCAAACAGCUCUCCUCCUCCUUCUACGCCUCCGCAUCCGUACGACAACCGCCUCAGCAGCAGUAAUCCUCCGGCGAGAAGGAAGCGGCGCCGCUGGUGACGGCGAGCGGGAGAGGAUAUGGUUCACCUGCCGCACCUGGGGAAGCUCCGGCGGGAGGUCAAGGAGGAGGCGCUCGACGCCGACGGUCCCGCCGCCGCCGCGGGGGCCGAAGCGUCGCCGUUCCACAAGAGGUCCCGCCUCGCCCAGCAGCAGCAGGUGUGUCUCCCCGUCCCCUCCUCUCUCGCCCAAUGGAGCACAGGUGGUGCUAGUGUGUCCAAUCAGCAGCCAGCGCAACAUGAUUUCCUCGAGGAGCCUAGCCCACUCGGCUUGCGGCUCAAGAAGAGCCCGUCUCUGGUGGAUUUGAUCCAAAUGAAGCUUGUGCAGGCCGGUAAGGCAAAAGAUGCCCAGCAUGGCAGCACUGUUAGUGCCUCGGAGAAAUUGAAAGCUUCUAAUUUCCCCGGUUCUGUACUAAGAAUCGGAUCUUGGGAGUGGGUAUCAAGAUACGAAGGAGAUUUGGUAGUGAAAUGUUAUUUUGCAAAGCACAAACUCGUGUGGGAAGUACUGGAUGGUGGUCUGAAGAGCAAAAUUGAGAUACAGUGGUCUGAUAUCUGUGCACUUAAGCUGGUUUGUCCAGAAACUGAACCUGGAACCUUGGAGAUUGCAUUGUCCAGGCAACCACUUUUCUUCAGAGAAACCAACCCUCAGCCAAGGAAGCACACUUUGUGGCAGGCAACCUCUGAUUUUACCGCUGGACAGGCCAGCAUGCACAGGAGACACUUUCUUCAGUGUGCCCCAGGAAUGAUGAAUAGGCACAUGGAGAAACUUGUUCACUGUGACCUACGUCUACUGUCGCUAAGCCAGAAAAAUGACAUCACCUUGGAGAAUCCUUACUUUGAAUCAAGGUGUUCUAUAUUUGAAGAUCCAGAUGAUGUAAAGUGCCAAGAUUUUGAUCCUAAUGGACUUGAUGAUGAUCAGUUAGGACCCCAAAGAUUUAGAGAACUUUUAUCGCACCAUUCUGCAUCCAGCAGGCUAGAUGCGGAAAGAAGACAGGAAGCUGGAGCAUCAGAUGGCUUGCCUCCACAUUUCUCGAAUUCAGUUACUGGCAGUGAAAUGAUUAAACAAGACGGGGCUUCUGGUAUGUGCGAGCCACAAACAAGCAUCCUUAGCUGGAACGGUUUUAAGUUGCCUGGGAUCCGGCGAUCCAUGUCCAAGAGUGAGAUAGCAAACCACAUUGGGAACCACAUCUACAGACAGAUGUAUUCAGGGAACCUGCCUACAGCUCAUGGUGGUGCUGGCACAUCGGGUAAACUUGUGUUAGACGACAUCACCAAGUACCUACUGAGUGACUCUCAGAUCAUCAACGGUGACCUUGACUCAGCGGGUGAACUAGCAUUUGAUGAGGUGACUCGACAACUUCUGAAUGAUUCCCAAAUCACAGCCUCUGCCGAUGAGAGGAUGCUCAUGUCAAGGGUCAAUUCUCUGUGUUCAUUGAUCCACAGAGAUUCAGGUGAAAGCCAGGUAAAUGCUGGUGUUCAUGGUGAUAAUGAGAUGUAUGAGAGAAAGCCCCAACCUUAUGCGCCUUCGGUUGGAGCAGAAGAGGACAGUGGCUCAUUGCCUCCAAGGCAAGAACCAUUUGGGGAUCUCCUUACCCAUCUGCCGCGCAUCUCAUCAUUUCCACAUUUCUUGUGAGUUUUGAUCUCAGGGAGCCAAAUGUGCAGUGGUCAGUGGCCAGUGGGACAUGUAGGUUGAUUAACUCCUGUGCGUAGGGAUUUUUUUUUCCUUCUUUCUUGUAUGUACAUAGACAUAGGAUAAUUGUAGGUAAGCUCUUUUGGCUGCAUAGACCAAUACGUCUGCCUGUGAUCCAUGCCAUGUAGUUGAUUAUAGAAGUCUGCGAUCGUGAAAAUGGGUAAUGCUCAAAAUUUCUCUUA